UUCGUAGACUUCCGGGUUUCACAGAACUGGGUUCGCUGCUGAAGCCCUAAAGCAAGUGGCUUUCCUAAACUCACUUUCUCUCGACUCCAGGUUUAAAGAGCAGGAGAUUUUUAGUAUGCAUUUGUGUUUUUUUCGUGUUUAAUCCAACAGUGGAUAUCAUGGAGCUCCGACUCGUCGCUUCGUUAAUGUUAGAUAUUUAGUUUCCAGGUUUGUUUUGUAGCUGGUCAGUGUGUUUAUUAAUAUUACCGGACCACAACCCGCUUUCUUUCAAUGCUGUUGGAGACACAAAUCUCCUGAGUAGCCGCAGAGCUUUUGUGAGCAGAAAUACAGCUGCUAAGACUGAGGUGAUCGCCACCAUUCUUGGAGAAACAACAAUAUGCCUAUUCCUCCACCACCUCCUCCGGGACCUCCACCUCCCCCUACCUUCAGCCAGGCAAACACUACCCCUCCUAAGCUCUCAUCUAGCGAAGCUAAAGGAAGAGGAGCCUUGCUGUCAGACAUAUGCAAAGGGGCCAAGCUGAAAAAAGUCGCAAAUACCAAUGACAGAAGUGCGCCCAUUCUUGAGAAAUCUGGAGGGGGUGGCGGCGGAGGAGGAGGAGGAGGAGGAAGUGGCGGGGGAUUUGGUGGCAGUUCUGGACCAAUGCCAAUGGGAGGCCUGUUUAGUGGAGGAGUGCCUAAACUUCGUCCAGUGGGAGAUGCCAGCGUUGGCAGAUCAGCACUGCGGCCCCCAGGCUCACGGCCUGCUGCACCCCGUCCUUCGAGUCAGCUUGCCAGUGAUGAACGCACCUCACCCCCUCUGCAACCUAAGAAUCCUCGCCCUUCACUACCUGACAUUUCGAAACCCGGUGGCGGUGGAAGUACUCCAAAAGUCAACAGCUCUGCCCCUCCUCCCCCUCCCCCUUUCAUUCGUCGUGGCAAUAACCCCCCUCCCGCCCCCAGUCAGAGCUCUAGCCGCUCUUAUGGGGUAGAGAAGCACCCUCCACCACCGAGUGGGAACAGAGCCCCUCCUCCUCCAUCACCUGCACGUGAUGUCCUGUCAAAACCUACUUCUCGCUCAUCACCUGGGCUCACUUCAUCUCUACCACCUCCUCCUCCUUACCGACAGCCUCCUCCAGUGAGUAAUGGGGAUCCACCCCCUGAGUUGCCACAGAGGCGGAACUCGCUUCACAGGAAGUCCAGUGGAAAUACUCGUAGUCAAGCUCCACCCCCACCACCGCCCCCACCCCAACAAAGCAGCCGACCACCACCACCAGCUCGAGAGCCUCCAGGACGCCGACCAAAUUCCCAUGGUCCCCCCUCUGCAUCCCGGAACGGAACUCGUGAUGCCCCUCCUCCUCCUCCUCCUCCACCAGCCCGCAUACAAAGUGGUAGCGCUCAAAAUUCUUAUGAAAGCCGAGGGAGGCCACCACCACCUUCUUCCGGUCGCCAACCCACAUCACAUCCUCCACCUCCACCUGUGCGCAACGGACACACGUCUGUCUCUAGGACUUUCACUGAUGAGUUUGAGUCCAAGUACUCUUUUCAUCCUGUUGAGGAUCUGCCUCCUCCAGAAGAGUACAGACAAUUCGCAAAGGUCUAUCCCAGUAAAAGCAAUAAAGCUAUGACACGAGGAGCUCCUCCUGCGCCACCUGUUGGGAGAUGAUCUACACUCAAAGAGAAAAUGGCUACACCUUUUGAAUCUAAUCACACACACACACACACACUAUCACAGCUGUAUGCAAAAGAGACCAGAAGCUGUCAAGUGCAAAAUGAAACUUUACCUGACUACCUGAAACAUUCUCAGGUGAAGAGGAUUUAGGCCAUUAGUUAACAAAAAUUAUAUAUGUAUAAAAGAGAGAGAGAGAGAGAAGGUGACCAAACUUUUGCACAUCUGUUUGAAUUAAAUAGUAACUAUGCAUUCCAACAGAGACUUUUCCAUACGUCAAAGAUUAAGUGAAUGUUUAAAGCACACUACACUUGCCUAAACUGCUCCAGCCUGAUGUACCUCUAGACCAGAGAACACUGUGCAGUCUCAUGGUCCUGAUCAAUUCAUAUUUACUAUCUGACUUCACGGAGUGUUAAGAGGACCCAAGCUACAUAUAUAUAUACACACACACACACACACACACACACACAUAUUCCACAUUAUCCGUGUAACAGACACCAUAGUACCAUUUUUGUAGCACUUCUUAAUCAUGAUUAACGCUUUUAGAAAGAAGAAAUAACAAAAGGGAAUCAGUAGACAAUCACUCCAUUAUGAUGUAAGGAUUGACUUGAAUUAAAAAAAAAAAGAAGAAGAAUUACUCUAUCAUAUCCUGUUUUGUCCAGAAGGGACCCAAAGUGUCAUUAUUAGAUGCGAUUUUAUAACUGUUAUUAAAAAAAUAAAUAAAUAAAAAAUCAUGUUGAUUAUCUGGCCAACAUGAUAGAGCUAUACAUUUUUUUUUUAAAUUGUGCAAAUGAUUACUUUAAACUUUAUCUCUGUGUAGUGUAUUAAUGCGUAUGAAUUUCUGAGCGACCUUUCGGUUCGCAGCUGAUGUAGGUUGCCAGAAACCACGCAAAUGCAUCGUUUCUCUCUGUGAAAAGGGAUUUUUUACUGUAAUGAUGCGCAUGUCUUAAACUUAAGCAGAUCUUAACCACUUCUUUAGAACUGACCAAAUACACUAAAGUGCCACUAAGCCCACAGUAUUUACAGGAGGUUCUGCCAUGUUUGUGUGAAAGAACCCGCUUGUGUAUGUGUGGUGCAAACUGUGCUGCUGAAAAUCCAACAGUUUUCUCCGUUCAUUCUCUUGAAUCACUACGAAUGACGUAUGCUUCCAUUCAAUCGGUCACUAAUUUACUGGUACCAAUGCUUUUUUUUUUUUU